AUCAUUGUUUACUUCCGGGGUAGUUUUUGAUCAUCGUUCAUGUGUCACACACGAGUCAUUUAUUCGCGGGACUGAAUCCAGGUUGCAGUCAUACAUUGUUUGCAACCAUUUUGAGAUUUAGAUGAAGCACAAUGGGUGCUAAAGAAUCCCAUCAAAGACAUGAAGCAGGCAAGGGAUCGCGGGAGAACAACAGUCAAUUGAACCACUUCUUUGCGGUUGUUUCACAUAGUGACAGAGUAAGCAGAGACGAUUUCAUUAAUUAUUUCCCGGAGGUUGGUCGACCACUCGCAGGGAGACUGUUCACACGGAUAAGUCCUUCAGACUCUGAAUGCACAAAACUGAAAUGCACCGAACCGUUAUCCCAGAUCCUCUCUGUAGCCACAACGUCGGCACAGAAUAGCUUGUAUAUUGCUGUUUUCAGUGGUAUAAGUCUCAAACUUCAAGAUGUGACCAACCUUCUGGAAACGGCCCUCAUGUUCUUCCUCAACAAUGCCGGGGUUCCGGCGCGGCGCAGCGGUGCGGACGACACAGCCAUUCAGGCACUAGCGAAGGUGCUGACUUCCAAAGGCAUGGUAACGACGGCGGCCGAAUGGAUGGAUGCUAUCUGCCCGGAGCUCUUCACCGAGAUGCACAGGUGCCUCGUGGGAUGGCUGCGGGGAGAGGAGCAGAAGCCUUCUGAUGUUUCCGGUGUUGAGGAUGAAUUCUCGGGACGGUUGCUAUGCAGAGCCUGGUGGUGGAUUCUCCAGUCAUCUCUCUCAAGUGUCUUCACUAAGAAGAGCAAGGCUAGGUCAGCUCAACAGUCUGAGGAGGCUGCAGAAGAGUCAGCUUUGGACAGUGUAUGGGAUCUUCUCUACAGCAGCUCGGACCACGGCCUGAGCACCAAUCGUCUACAGCACCACGUGUUCGGCUACCGGGGGCCGACGCUCAUGAUACUGAGCUGUGACCAGGGGGACGUGUACGCGGUGGCAGUGGACACAGAGUGGAGGGAAGGAACGCAGUCUUGGGGAGGCAGUAGUUGCUGUGUCAUGAGGCUAAUGCCAGAUCUGCAGAAACUUGAAGAGGGUGAAAACAUGAUUUUUUUCAACGAUCGAUCACGCAACAUGCCCCGUGGUAUAAGUAUCGGACGGAACCCCAAAAAGAAGAUUUUGACUUUCAAGGAAGGAAUGGAAGUUGUUGAACACAACCACAGGAGUGAAUCAGUGCGUACGCUGGAGAUUUGGGGUUGUGGCGACUCUGGAACAAGAACAGCCCAAGCUAAACUGAAAAAGAUGGAAAUGAAGGAUGCUGAGAGAGCAGCAAAGGUGAAGUUGCCUGGUCAGUGGGAGGACAGUCCCGACAGGAUGUUACUGGAGAUGGGGGGAGUCAAAGUCAACCACGCUGAGCAAUUUACCAGGGAUUGAAAACAAUCUGAUAUCAAUUGAUAACCAAGCUGAAUGUGGUUGAAAUCUCAGCAAUGUACACCAAAAGCAAUGGACUAUGGGCAGGACACACUGCUUCCGCACACUGGUUCAUGCGCAUGGCAGGAAAUGGUGUGACAUUUAUAUUCUGAAUAUGUAUUUAUAUAUAGGAUGGCUUUGAGGGGGAUACAAGAAUAUAUUGCUCGAGCUAUUUUGGCAUGAGUCGAAAACGAGUUCAGUUUGUAUCUCCC